AUGGCGCUCGCAUGGGUGCGGGGAAGGCGAGACCUGCGACACAGCAGUCUUGCUGCUUCCUGCCGUGCUGAGUGGAGCUCCCGCGCCAUGGACGGAGGGCGCGCCCUGGGGUAUGCCUACAUGCUGGCCAGCACCACCAGCUUCACCGGCAUGGCGGCGGUGUCCAAGGUGAUCGGCCCCCGGGCCUCCACCGAGGAGAAGCUCUUCUGGAGGUCGUUGUUGUCGGUGUGCUGCACGCUGCUGCAGAAUGGUGCUGCCCCGCAGCUGCCCUGCCACGCUGGGCUCCUGGGGCUGCGCGGGCUGUGCGGCCACCUCGCCCUGCUGGCCUACUUGGAAGCCCUGGAGCGCGUGCCGCUCGCGGAGGCCGUGUUCCUCGGCAAGGUGCACCCCGUUGCCGCUGCUGUCCUGUCGUGGAUCUUCCUGGGCGAAGCUCUGAGUCUGGCGCGGGCGCUGAGCAUCGCUGCCUCCCUUCUGGGCGUGGCGCUCAUUGCGAAUCCAUCCUGGGAGGCGCUCAGCUCGGGUGACCUCGUGGGCCAUUUGCUGGCGCUGCUGGCGGGCACCUUGUCAGGCGGCGCCUACUGCUGCGUGCGGUGCCUCUCACGCAGCGGCGAGGCAGAAACUUGGACUCUGGCAUUGCCAGCCGUGUCGUUGCCCUGUGCCAACGCUUGGUCUGGUGCCGGACACGAAGCGAGCACUUGGGCGUGGCUUCUGGCGCUGGGUGUCAGCACCCAGCUGGGGCAGGUCUUCUUGGUGCGGGGCCUGGCACGGCUGCCGGCGGCCUGCGGCACCCAGGCGAUGUACUUCGGCACCCUGUCCGGGGUGGCGCUGGGCAGCCUCUUGGGAGAGCCUUUGCCUAGCCUGCAGGCGUGCCAGGCCUGCGCCGGCGGCGCCGUGAUCGUGGGCUCGCUGCAGCUGGCGGGCAAAUUCGAAGCUGUCGUCGGUCGGUUGGUGGUGAUCUUCAUGCGGGUGAAUGCAGGCAGGCGCAGCGAUGGGGGGAGUUGCGGCUCGGAGCACCCCUGUUGUGAUCAGCUUCUUCCGUGGGUCUACUGCCCAACUCCGUUCCAUAUUUCCAUAUACCUCAUCGCCGUGGAUGUUAGAAUGAGGCAUGUUCAUUGCGGCCUCUUGCUUGCUGGUACGCUUUGGCACGUUGUUGCAGCAACACAAUCCGAUGAAAGCCCAAGAAAACGUUGGAUCGCCGUCUCAGAGGACGGGCAGCUGAACGAGCCCCGGCUCCUGCGCAGCGAGCACGUAGAGCGAGUCGUGUCCGGCCACGGGCAGAUCCAGCCCGCCUCCCUGAAGGAACGGCAGGACCGGAUCCCCUGCAACGAGACGCAGGGCCUCUGUGUGGACUGCCAGUGGGCUGACUGGAAAGACUGGAUCGCUUGCUCCGUGAGCUGCAAUGGCGGCACGCAGAGCCGAACUCGCAUCAUCCAGGUGCAGGCAGAAGGCGCCGGGCAGGAGUGCACAGGAGAAUCCAGCGAGACCCAGGACUGUGGGACCGCCACGUGCCCGGUGGACUGUGAGGCCAGCGACUGGGCGGAGUGGACGCCCUGCGCGCCCUACUGCCACGGCACGCAGAACCGCAGCCGCGCCAUCCAGAAGCCAGCGGCCUAUGGCGGCGAAGGCUGCGGUGUGCUGUCAGAGGUGCAGUCCUGCACCAACUUCUGCAUGGACUGCCAGCUGUCGCCGUGGAAUGGGUGGAGCACCUGCACCCGCAGCUGCGGCGGCGGCACCCGCCAGCGCCUCCGCAGCGAGGUCUACGUGCAGCGCCGCGCGCCGACGCUCUCGCUGCUGGAGACAGGCCAGCAAAGCAAAGCUGUUGGCUACGAGAAGAAGAUGGGCGUCAGGUGCGACUCGGCGCACCGGCGCACCCUCGACGCAGCCGGGGAGACCCCGGACGAAGCGGAGGCUGCUUGCAGCGCGGACCCCAACUGCGGUGGCCUCUACGACCAGGGCUGCAACAACUGGUUGACCAUUUGUGACGUCGGCCUCACUUUGGAGGCGGAGGAAGGGUCCUGCUCCUACAUGAAGAAGGAGAUCGGCGAUGGCAGCCCCUGCACCGGCGACAUUAGCCAGUCGGAGGAGUGCAGCAGCCAGCUCUGCCCUGUAGACUGCAAAUACAGCGACUGGGCGGAGUGGACAGACUGCUUCCCGUACUGCAAAGGCACCAUCAACAGGACGCGGACCAUCACACAGCAGCCUGCCAACGGCGGGGUGGCCUGUGGCAGCAUCGCAGAGGUGCAGAACUGCACCAACGAGUGCGUGGACUGCAAGUGGGGCAGCUGGGUGGCGUGGUCCGAGUGCCCCGUGAGCUGCGGGGGGGCCACCCAGACCCGGGCCCGCGACGUGCUGGUGCAGAAAGCUGGGGGCGGCAAGGCCUGCGAAGGCAACUCCUCCGUGACCCGAGCAUGUGCAGACAUUACCUGCCCCGUGGACUGCGAGAUGGACGACUGGAGCGAUUGGACAGACUGCACGCCUUUUUGCCAGGGCACGCAGACCAGGAGCCGCAGCGUGGUGGUGGAGCCCUUGGCCGGCGGCCAGGCAUGUGGGGACGCCUCCAACGUGGUGAACUGCUCCAACGCCUGCGUCGACUGCGAGGUGUCCCCCUGGUCGGUUUGGUCCCCCUGCACUGCGACCUGUGGCUCUGGCCGCCAGACGCGCUCGCGCAUGGUGCUGGUGGAAGCGGAAGGCGAGGGCAACACUUGCCCAGAGUCGAUGGACGGCGAGAAAGAGGGCUGCAAUCCACAGAACUGCCCCGUGGAUUGCGUGUGGGGUGACUGGGCGCCGUGGGAUGGCUGCAGCGUCACCUGCGGCGGCGGCAUGAAGAACCGCACCCGAGGAAAGAUCGCUGAGGAGAAGUUCGGAGGGAGCCCAUGUGAGGGUGAGGACAUCGAGAUGGGCUCCUGCGCAGAAAAGGCCUGCCCACAGGACGACUGCCUGUGGUCCGACUGGGAAACGUGGGGCAACUGCUCCAAGCCCUGCGGCGGCGGCGAGCAGAACCGCUACCGCUUCGUGGUCCGCGACCCGCUGGGGGAGGGCCGAAACUGCACGGGUAGACCCCAAGACUCCAGGGGCUGCAACGAGGAGGCGUGUGCCAAAGACUGUGAGUUCCUGGACUGGGAGGACUGGUCGGCGUGCUCGGUGAGCUGCGGCCCAGGUGGCAACAAGACCCGGUCCCGGCAGAUCGACGGGGAGGUGAACGGGGGCGCCCCAUGCGACCCCGCAGUGCCGCUGCAUCAGUCCGUGGAGUGCGGCACCUCUGGCUGCCCCAGGAACUGCCAGUGGGGCGACUGGGGCGGCUGGUCGAACUGCAGCAAGACCUGCGGCCUGGGGCUGCUGGCGGGCGCCACUUCGCGGCACCGCGUGCAGGCCGUGACCGCCGCUUUUGGGGGGGCGGCCUGCGAGGGCCAUGCUGUGCACACCACACGCUGCAACGAGCAGCACUGCCCGGUGGACUGCGAGUGGAAGGACUGGACGGCCUGGACGGAGUGCAUCCAGCCCUGCGGUGGCAACGGCACGCGCCAGCGCUCCCGCAACAGCACUGCCGCCAAGUUCGAGGGCGAGCCCUGCGUGGGCGAGUCCACAGAGGUGUCGGCCUGCACGGUGCUGGGUGGCUGCUCGGUGAACUGCACCUGGGAGGAUUGGAACGAGUGGACAGCUUGCUCCGCCACCUGCGGCGAGGGUGGCCGAGUCAGGUUCCGCUUCGUGGCCGACGAGGCAAAGGGCCCCCACGGAAUCCCCUGCGCGGGUCCGCCGCAGGAAGACGAGUUCUGCCAGACCGGCAGCGAGUGCCCAGUGGAUUGCGCCUUCAACGACUGGAAGGACUGGGGACCCUGCGAGGUGAUGCCCUGCGGACCCUCCAAGAAGCUCCGCUCGAGGACGAAGCAGUCCGCGCGCUAUGGCGGCAAGCCCUGCGAUGGCAAUGCUAGCCAGGAAGAAGACUGCACUGUCCCCGAUGCAAAGAUCAUCGAGUGCGACGAAAACGGUCAGCCAGUGACUUCGACUACCACCACGGUCACUUUUACCAGCACCAUCACCAGCACAACUAUAACCAAUACCAGCACCACUGUGACCAGCACGGAGACUGCCACUUCCACUACAGUGACUACCACAGCCCCGCCCAGCACCACCACGGCGCCGGACAUCGCAGUGACCACCGUGGGCCUCACGGCGGACGCUGCGGCCACGGCGGUGGCGGCCGCAGCGCCGGUCUCGGUGCGCGGGUCGCAGGUCAUGGAAGUGAACGAUCCGGAUACCUUCGCGAAGGACCCCUCGGCGCUCAAGGCCCUCAAGGAAGCCAUUGCACAGGAGGUCGGGGUGUCCAUGGACGCCGUCAUCAUUAAGGGAGCCAAAGUGGAGUCUCAGGAGGGGCAGGCGUCCCUGCUGUCGCUGGGCGCGAGGCGAGCCAAGGUGCGGCGGCAGUCUCCCAAGGGCGCAGUGAACCUUACUUUUGAGAUCGUGCCGGCACUCAAUAACAAGACCGUGGAUGAAGUCAUGGAUGCCGUUGAUAACUUGGAUCCAGAAGAGGUGGAAGAGACAAACGAGAGGGCUUUGAUUCGGAACAAUGCCAAGUACAGCGUGCAGAUGGGGCCCAGCGAGACCCAGGCAAUCUCCAAGAUCUCUGGGAAGCCAGUUCGAGAAUCCCAGACUCACUCUGGGGUGCAGUCUCCUGCGACACUCUUUGCCUUACUUCUGGUUCUGGCAAACUGCGGAUUUUGA